AUGUAUUCUUACUGCCUUAAAGCUCUUUUACCAACAGUCUCGUCUAUGUCAUCCACCUUGGACUAUUCGGCUGGCGUCAACCCUCUCGCGUGCGACUACGACUGGCUAGCAGAUCUUACCCUCCCUGAGUUCCAGUGUGGGUUUCCAGAGGGCAGUGACGACUCAAGCUGGAUGGAUACCCAUCCGUGUGACUCGCCUCUCAGUCCCUCCACCACUGCUAGCGAAGUCAGCUCUUUGGACACCGCCUUAUUGAUUCAGCAGCUUCUGGCUGCUAGCUCCUCGGCUGAUAUAGCGGCUGCUCAAAUGAGCCAGUGUGAGGACGUUGAAACUGGCGCUACAGACGGCAUUUCCGAUGACCUGGCAUACUCCCUGCCAGCAUUACUGGAGCUCAUAAAGACCCAGUCGCCGUCUGAACUCGGUUUCGAUGUUUCCCCUCUCUCCGGUACCCAUCUGGAAGACAAAGCUUCUCUGUGCUACACUGAGCAGUCAUCUCUUCCUAUUCACACUUUGGCUGAUGGAGGCAAAGUUGCCUACGUACCCGUGUACAUUCCCCCAUCCCCGUCGUCUACUUCUGGUGACAGCCAACUCAGCUCUUCUGUGUUGACUCCCACCGUGGCUCGCCGUGAACAGAAGCAGCAGCAGCCUCGCAAGGCUAGAAAGCAGUCUUAUGGGAGCUCUACGGGGUCUGAAGGAGAGUUGAAGAGCCGUGGCAAACAACAGAACAAAGCCACUACCGGUGGUAACAAGGUACCGUCCUUGAAGGAUGUCGUUGCAGAGGUCUACAACGAGCAGCCUGGAUGUGUGAUCACCCUUCGUAAAAUACAAAAGCUUGGCUAUAAGGCAUCUCACAUUAUCAAACAACACUUCGCAACUAAAUACGGUGUGAGAGUCAUCCGUCUGCGUCUUGUCCAUUCCCGUUCUAAGGGCUGUGUCGAGCGUCCUGGCCAAUCUGGUCCCCUCCGUCCUGCUAAUAUGGGCUUCCUUGUUCUCGACAAACCAGCGUCUGUUGAGAAGGUGCUGGCUGGUGUCUCUAAGGAUGGCAUUGAAGUCAUCAAUGGUGUGGCUAUCAAUGUUCUGAAGUUCAUACGCAACCCCUCCCAUAGGGAUGCCUCUGAGGUCGCUGCUCCUCGUCCCUCUAUGGGGUUCAACGAGCCGACCAACUACACUGUGCAACCCUCUAUGAUGGAUCAGUACAGCAACAGUGAUUCGCUGUACUAUCCUUCUGUUCAUAUGGACACCUGGGUUGCUCAGCAGGGUCUCGUUAUGUAACUUUGACGACAGCAACUAGCGCUCUACUAUGGUAUAUAAGACUACCUCUAUAAGUAUAGUGCGCCAAGGGUUUCAUCGUUAUACUGUCUCCUACGAUGGGCCCGAUUAAAACUACAUAAAGGUGAAUGUUCGGCAGAGAUCCGUCGAGACUACCUAUAAGCUAUGGGUUGAGAUUCUAUUUCGAUUGAUUUUCCAUUACAGUAUCCACUCGACUAGAGUGACGGCAUAUUAUGCUCAGCCGAAAUCCACAUAAAUCGUUUCUUUCUCGAAUACAGUUUUACGCCCUCUACGUCCAUGUAUCCCUAAAUGGUGUAGUGCGAAGGCUCUCUGUCCUCUCCGGUCGUCGGUAUAAUAUUCCAGUGAUGUGUAUUGAGAAGCGGUUAGCCCCAUUCGUUUACUCAAUUCACACGACGGCAAUGGUAGGUAAGAGUUAGCAUUGGCUUCGCAUUGUUAUUACCGCGGGUGACUAUUAGGGCAGUCUACUGUAUUUAUAAAUACUUAGUCAUUUCUUAGUGUGCUCGUCUGCAGCAUGUGUCCUAUCUUAUCUGUCGGUCUGGUUUACCUAAGUCUGUUCCUACUACUGUGUUUAAACUGGUACCAUUCGGUUGUUAUGAGCCUCCCUGUUGAAUCCAAUCGGCUGCGCGGUUGAGACGCCGAGUCUAUGGUUAUUACUCCAGUGUGUGCCAUACACUGUAUGUGUGUACUGGUGCUUAUGUUGAUACCCCGGACGGGCUGUAGCUGAUGCUUUUCAGAUAGUGUAGGCAUAGGAGGCAUGAUGAGAUGCGUGAAGAGAGCUCAGUCUGUACUUAAAAAGACGACUUGGUCUACUGAGUGCUGAGCCACCAAUGAAGGCGGCAUUCAAAUCAGCUAAUCUUAUCAAGGCAUCUUUGCCUUUAGCAGCAGUCUCGUUGAAAGUCGCUGCAUCGCUUCGCUUUUCAGAGUGAGCUG